CAGCAAGACAGCCAUACAUAUCACCUUAGUUUUCAUGCACAUAACACAAUUACUCAUCAAUUAAGUCAAGUGUUUGUUGCAGUUCUUUAUUGAUCUGGAAAAUAGAGAUUUGAAGGGAAAGGACAAAUCUGUCAUUCGCAUAACGAUCAUCAUUAAUAUAUAAGCUGCAUAUAUGUAUGCAGAAUGAGGAAUGAGCUGCUAGUACUGCUAAGCUAGAGAACUUUCACAUAUUUCAAUGGCUGCUUCUUUCACAUAUUUCUGUUUACAAAUUCUGCUUAUAGCUGCACUCAUCUUCUCCUCUUCAACACUUGCUUCUGCUACUACCACAACUGAUACAAAUUCACGUCCCUUCAAGAAGAUCUACGCUUUUGGCGAUUCAUUCACCGACACUGGAAAUACUAGGUCUGUGUCAGGUCCUACUCCUAGUGGUUAUGGCCAUGUCUCUAACCCUCCAUAUGGCAGCACAUUCUUUCACCACCCCUCUAACCGGUACUCCGACGGGCGGCUCAUGAUUGAUUUUGUAGCUGAAACCCUGUCUUUACCAUUCUUGCCACCAUACCUUAACCUCAAGGGCAGUCCAACUAAUGGGGUAAACUUUGCUGUAGCUGGCUCUACAGCUAUAAAUCAUGCAUUCUUUGAGAAGAACAACCUUACUCUCGACAUUACUCCUCAGUCUAUUCAAACUCAAAUCAUUUGGUUUAAUGAGUACUUAGAGAAGCAGGGGUGUAACGGGUCAGUGUCCUCAAGUCCAGAGUGCAGAGCAGCAUUUGGAGAGGCGUUGAUCUGGGUUGGAGAAAUUGGAGCUAAUGACUAUGUAUAUACUAUUGGAUCAUCUGUAUCUAGUGAUACCAUUCGAAAACUUGCAAUCAGCAGUGUCACUGCUUUUCUACAGGCCUUGCUGAGUAAAGGUGUGAAAUAUGUUGUUGUACAAGGCCUACCUCCUACAGGUUGCUUGACACUGGCCAUGACACUAGCUCCUGAAUAUGACAGAGAUGAUAUUGGCUGCGUUAAGAGUGUCAACAAUCAAACCAGUACCCACAAUGAUGUUUAUCAAGCUACAUUGGGAGAUCUCAGGAGGCAGUUUCCCAAUGCCACAAUUGCCUAUCUUGAUUAUUGGAACGCCUAUCGCACUGUUAUGAAGAAUCCAGCAGCUUAUGGAUUCAAGGAGCCAUUCAAGGCAUGCUGCGGAUCAAGCGAUCCGCCUUACAACUUUUCUGUGUUUGCCACAUGUGGAACAACUUCAGCAAGUGCUUGUCCAAACCCAGCACAGUACAUCAAUUGGGACGGAGUUCAUCUCACCGAGGCCAUGUAUAAAGUACUCACUGGCAUGUUUUUGUAUGGCACUUACAGUCGGCCACCAUUUGAAUACUUGCUUAGCAGGAAACAGCAUGAAGGAUAAAUGCCUUGGCAAUAGGCUUUGAUCAACUUUGACAUAUUAUAGUGUUUCUUAUCAAACAUGGUUGAGUUAGUAGUUCAAAAUAUAAAAUAAAAUUGUAUUGUUUGAUUCCUCUUUUUUAUCUCUAAGAUAUGCAUUUGAUGCCCGCAGCAGGCAACUUUUCCUUUUA